AUGGACCACCCACUGCUGUCUUAUUUGGAUGAAGGACUCAGCAGACCAUCCGUCAAGGAGUUCCUGCAGCGGAUUGAGGGUAGAUCUGAAUCGGCUGCAGGUGUGGAGUGCUUUGAUACCGAGAAGUACAAGGCCUCGAUGGAGAAGUUCGGAGAAUAUACAUGUAACGUGAAUUUCUUGGAGAUCCCCGCCUUCACCCUGUGCCAUGAGAAGCUCGUGCCGGGCAUGUCUGCAGUGCGAAAGGUGCAAGACAGUCACUGGCCACGCAACAAGCCCUGCCUCUUGUCCUAUUUCCAGAAAUCCGUAUGCACUAGACCGAAGGAGGCUGUGCAGAAACAUUUCAUUGUGACAGAAUUCCUGAUGCCAGGUCUUUGGAGGGAUUCUGUGGCCAUCGCAGCAAGCUCGAGGACUGAGCCACCGAACAAGGACCAGGUGAAGCUCCUGAGCAACGAUCCGCUGCGGUUUGCUUUUCUCCUCACCGUCAUUGAUGCGUGUGAGGGCGGCUGGUCCACUGAAAUCGAGACAGCUGCGAAGUCUAUGCGUGUGACCUACAUCCUUUGCACGUCUGACGAGCAAGUGGAGCAGAAGAAGUUUCUUCUGUCUGCUCGACAGGGCAGCCUCGCAGAUAAUGCGGUGCUCAAAGGUUGGAAACGGAUGAUGGCAGUGGUGGCCAUCAAGGGAAAACUUCAAGAAUGGUGUCGCGACAGUUCCGAUAAGGUGAGCGAGUGGCUGGCUCACGAGAAAUUCGUUGUGUCCAAGGAGACUGUGAAGAGCUAUUGCAGCAUCCAUGUGCGGGUUGUGGCCGCCCAUGCCGAGGGUGUCCUCGAGGAGAUCGAGGAGGAGUUCGGCAUGGAGAAUCAGUUGGUGAAGACGUGGAUCCUGUCUCUUGCGAUGGGUCCUCCUUGA